AUGGUCAUCCUGAACUUCACCCUGAGCGAAGAAGGGGUCGCAGUGCUCCAUGAUGCCCUCGCCUGCCUGUUCAAGUUCAGUGACGACGUCUGCUUGGAGGCCAGACGAGACAAGUCUCUCCUUACCAUAUUUCGGGCCCGCCAUAAUAGUGGCGAUCAGUCUCGAGAGAAAAACUCGGCGAUUGAAAGCUGUGAUGUGGCAAUCGAUGACGGCCUUGGUAGGAAAAGCCGUCUCGUUGCGAGAGUAUCUUUCAGAAAUGGUAUCACCGCAUCUCACUCCCUUCCGUUCGAGGUCAAACCGCCCAUGCACGCCAAAUUCAAUCCAGACGAGGCCUGUAAUAGAUGGGCGAUAUCCUCCCGGACCCUACGCCAACUCAUGGACCAUUUUGGUCCGGGCAUAGAGUUGCUUGACAUUAACACGGACAACGACACUCGAGUUGUCAACUUUACAUGCUUCACCGAGAAGGUACAAAAACGUGGCGCUGUCAACAACGAAGAGGUCCUCAAGAAGCCCCUCCACACUAACAUUGCGGUCGAGAUGGAUGAGUUUGACCACGUCAAUGUUGAAGACAAGCUUCACAUUAUCAUUAGCGUCAAAGAUUUUCGUGCAAUUUUGCAGCACGCCCAGCUGAUCAGCGGGGAGCUGACAACAUGUUACUCCAAUCCGGGACGUCCCAUGAAGCUUUCCUACAGCGCUGAUGGCAUUGUAUGCGAAUUCAUCUUGAUGACUGUCGGAGAAAAGGACGCUCUCAGUCAGAAACAUAAGAAUCUGCGAGCGAACACGGCAUCUAAGAUUCCUCGACCAGAGCUCGACGCGUCAUCCCAUCGUGCCAGUUCUGUUGCCAACAGUAGCCAUCAGAAUUCCCAUGAGGUCGCAUCGGCGCCGGUAGCUACCCCAACCUCUAUGCCAGCACCCCCUCAACUGAGGACAUCAGCUAGGCCCCGAAACUCAGCUUUCGAAAUCCGGCCUCAGCCGAUUCCCCCACACUCUGCUGCUACAGCCCAGUCUGAGUCACUAUUUGUCUCCCAAGGCGACGAGGAUGAGCAGUGGGAGCCUGUCAAUCCCGAGGGGGAAGAUGAAGAGAACGCAAGGCUUGAAUGGAAUGCCACUAACGACCCGAAUCCUUCAUCUCUGCGUAUUGGCAGUUACUUGAGCAGGUCAGCAGAUCCUCAAGAAAUGGCCUCCGAUAUUCUUGAACCUGGGCUCGAGCCGACGCAGCGGCUUUCUCAGGUCCGGAGGUUUGGUUUAUUUUCGCCUUAA